AUGAGUGUACAGGACAGAAGAAGAAUCCUAGGUCCAGCUGAAGCAAAACCUUUGAGCUUCGCAAAGAUUACUGAAGAGACACAGGACCAAACAUCAAACACUAAAGAUAAGGACUCCCUUUUCAUUUCCACAGAUUUAAUUACCAAUGCGAACGGAUCGUCGUAUCUUGAAUACAUCGACAAGUCGUCAUACCAGGUACUUGUGAUGGGAUCUGUAUUUGGACCCAGGCCGUUGAGAGGGUCAUUCCAAUCCAGCGCAUCUCUAUCUAUCCAGUUCAAAGAAGUAACACUCGAGCAUUUCGAUAUGGGAGAAAUUAAAGAAAUAUGUACGUUUUUGAACAAUGUUUUCAAUGCAGUAGUAAAUUUGGAGAGGUAUCCAAAGUCAGGAAUCGAUUUGUUCAUCGACCUUGUUCAGUACACCCAGAGCGACAAUACGGAAAAGAGAAGUGUCAUUGAGAUUCUUCCCACUUGCAUAAAUUGUAUCACGCUAGCGCUUGUUGAUGCAGGGGUCGAGGUUAUCGAUUUGGUAAGUGCUGGGUGUGUGGAUAAUUCUGUUGUUGCAUUUAUUAAAAACGGACAAGAGAUCGUGGGCAUCUGGAGCGACGACUCGAAUGUUACGGAUAUUAGCAAGGUGGUGGAAGAUUGUAAGGCCAAGUAUAUGGAAAACAAGCAAACUUUGGUGCAAUACUUGAGACAGUAA